GGUAAUGGAAACGACCGUCAAGUUGCAAGAAGUUGGAACAAUGAAAGAUCUCAUAGCAAGGUAUAUCUCCAUCAACCAACAAUUACCUGUGAGAAUAUCAGCGGCAGUACUAGGAGUGUCACCAGGAAGUGGAAAUCUUAUUCUUAAUGAUCAACGACCACAAAUUUCCGAUCCGUUAGAUCUGUCUUUGAAGAAGACAAUCAACGGCCAAGAAGAAGUGAAUGAGAAGAUCAAUGAUUAUGUAAAAGUGGAGGAAAAUGCCGGAGAUCAAUUUGUAGAACGGAUAGAAGAUCAUAAACCAACGCCAAAAACAUGUCGAUCGUGGAUCCUCCGUAGUGGUACUAACGUUGGAGAGACAUUAGCAAGAUAUGUGGAAACCAUUCCGGAGGCCCAAAAAUGUUUAAAUCUCGCUUAUUGGAACAUACUUGAUCUUACUGAGGAUGGCCUAAUAAGAUCUUUUUUUUCAAAGAAUGACUGGGAAGAGAUAACAGAAAGCUUCGAAAGGGAAGUUACUUUAAUCGAAUCAGAUAUACCGGAUGUUGUGACAUUUUUUUUCAAUGAAGUAGAGAAGAUAACAAAACAAAAAAACGCAAACAUUGUUAAGGAGAUCGAAAAUUUAUCUCCGGAAUUAAUUGAAAAGAAUAAUCAUGUUGAGCUAACAAAAGAGGAGAAAGAUAUUGUUGACAGCAUCAGACGUGCUAUAAUAACAUAUACAGAAAACCUAAAAGGACUCGAACUACCCAUCUCAGAAAGCGAUUUUGACAAUGAUUUUUCGAACAUGUUGACAAAACGAUUCUUAGAAAAACAAGAUCUGAAAAUGGAUGUUGGUGAAAUCGCCUGCUGGGCUUCUUCUCGACGCAGGAAUGAAGGGCGUUCGAUUGUCCUUCGCGCACGAAUAGGCCAGAAAUGUGAUUUUCGGGGUACGUUAAAAAACAGUGUUAAUAGUCUCGAAGCAAUAAUUGGGCUCAGAAGUGGGGGUCUACCGGUCGCCAAUCGCAGAAAAAUAUUAGAGGAUCGUAUUGAUCUUUCCGUGGCUAUGCGUGAUGUUUUGUACGAUUUUUUCAAGUCUAAUUCGAAUGCAUCUGGAGACGAUCUCCAUCGCACGUAUGUUCUCGGAACCCAAUCUUGGGGGUGGGUUCACGAAACGUAUGGGAUGGAUUGUAAGGCCACAAACGUGUUACGCCUUGGAAGACUUUCCCAGACCAGAAUGCCAAACACCCAGAAAUCGCUGGCAAUUCUUGAAGGUUUUUAUGCGCUCAUGUCAGAUGUCAAGGUAAUUUGCGACCAUACAAAUGAUGUCUCACUUUCCAAUUCACGUGCACAUAGAGAUCGCAAGAGGAAAAAUUCAGCACAUGACAAGCAACUCGAAUCGUUUGGCGUACCUUCAGUAAGCCCAAAGAAAAGUAAAUUGCGUGAUAAUCUUUAA